AUGCAUCACCGUGAGGAACAAAACAAACAAGUCAACACCGAUCAUACACAAGACGCCAGCAAAGCCGAGACCAGGGAACUGCACAAGUGCGAUGUAUGUUCCAAGAAGUUUGCAAUCAAAAGCCUACUUGUCAUUCACUCCAGGACACACACAGGAGAAAAACCAUAUAGGUGCGAUGUAUGCUUUAAGGAUUUCAAAUAUAAAAGUCAUUUGAUUGUCCACAAACAAAGACAUGCAGGUUACAGACCGUAUACAUGUGACAUUUGUUUGAAGCAAUUCUCCUACAGAAAUUCCUUAAAAGUUCACAAACGGAUCCACAAGGCGUCCAAGCCCUAUAGCUGUGUGGUAUGUCCAAAAAGUUUCACACAAAAAAGUAAUUUAAACGACCACAUGCGUGUUCAUACUGGGGAUAGACCGUACAUCUGUGAUAUCUGCUCCAAGCAGUACAUACAAAUGUCGCAUUUGCAGCGGCACCUACUCACUCACUCUGAGACCAAAGCUUUCAGCUGUGAAGUAUGUUCGAAAACAUUUACACAGAAGAGAUACUUAGAGUCACAUAGUUUUGUACACACGGGCAUAAAAAAUUACACAUGUGAGAUCUGUGCCAAGAGAUUUGCAAGAAAAUGCCAGUUGAAUAACCACAAACGUAUUCACACGGGCCACAAACCAUACAGUUGUGAUAUAUGUUCAAAAUCUUUUUUGUGGAAAAAUCAUUUGAAACGUCAUGUUCUGAUUCAUACCGGAGAGAAACCGUUUAGCUGUGAUACAUGCUUGAAGAAAUUCUCACGCAAAAGUUAUUUAAAGAUACACAUACAGUCAGUAUGUGUAAGUGACCAACAUUUGUUGUAAUAAAACUGUACAAUACAUUUAAAACUGUGUAUUAUUAUUUAU